CAAAGACGUCAGGGUGCGGUGUUGACGACGUUUCGCAUGCUCGACGGGGUAGUUAGUUAACACUCUGGCGUGAAAGUCUUGAGAUGUGUCAGAAAAUAAUUUGCAAUUGAUGUUUCCCGUCUCCUUUUUGGCGCCCUUAAUAGUCAUUUCUUUGCCUCAAACGAUUCAGCUAGUUAACUCCUCCGUCCCUUGCUUCGUUCACUGAAAUGCAAAAUCAAUGGCGGUGGAUCUUUACCUUGUGAGCUUGGCAGCAUGGGUGCUGGCGAACGCAACAAUCGCCUUCAGGCGAUGGGACGGCAAACGUUCUGAUGUCAAGAUCUCAGAUACGGUCCGCAAUGCCGCGAACCAGACAGAAUUAAACCUCAAGUACACAUAUUUUGUCGUUUAUAUACUUGUUGUUGCUUCGGACUGGUUGCAGGGUCCGUAUCUCUACCCGCUCUAUAAACAAACGCUCCAGCUCCCCGAGAACAUUGUCGCAGCUCUCUUCUCUACCGGCUUCGUUUCAGGAGCACUUAGCGCCACAUUCGUGGGCAGUCUUGCUGAUCGCUAUGGAAGACGGAAGGCCUGCCUUUUCUUUUGUGUGAUAUACAGUCUGUCAUGUCUGCUCACGGUUUCCCCGAGCUCAGUUUACCUUUUGUUUUUGGGCAGACUGCUCGGGGGCAUUGGGACCACGCUGCUUUUCACGGUGUUUGAAACAUGGUUAGUCGCCGAGUUUCACCGAUUGGAACUGGAGAAAGAAGGCGCAGAAUUGAAUGACCUUCUCGGCACUAUGACUAUAUUGAAUACCAUCGUUGCUGUUGCUUCGGGGCUGCUGAGUGAGCUUCUUGUGGGAUGGACUGAAAGUAAACGGUCGCCUUUUCUGGCAAGCAUUUUCUGCCUGGGUCUAGCAUUUUUUGCCAUUCUUAGGAAAUGGGGUGAAAACUAUGGCGAUGAAAAGGUUCUGAAAGGCGACUCCAGCGCUACUCAUUUAAUGGACGGUAUUUCGGCUGUGAUAAAAGACGGUCGCGUUCUGACCCUAGGAAUUGCUUCCACCAUUUUCGAAGGAACAAUGUAUCUAUUUGUCGUGUUCUGGUCCCCUGCAAUAAUCUCGGCUGAGCGGGCAGCGGACACGUCCGUCCCUCAAAACCCUCCUUUUGGGCUGAUAUUCGCCAGUUUCAUGGCAGCCAUGAUGUUUGGUUCUCAGGUCUUCGCAUAUCUCAUGCGACCUUCGUCUUCUCAACUACCCCUGGAGCAGGGCAAUUCCCCUCCUCCUGCAUUGGUACGAUCAAGCUGUUUGCUAAAAGUUCUUCUUCCAGUCGCAAGCAGCUGUCUUUCUUGGAGUGUCUUGUGUCCCACGAGAACAUCGACGUUGUGGGCUUUUUGCCUAUAUGAGAUGACAAUCGGCGUCUAUUUCCCCAGUAUGGGCGUUUUGAAAAGCGUCCUGGUCGAUGACAGGCACAGAGCAAGCAUAUAUGCGCUUUUUAGGGUGCCCUUGAACAUCUUUGUUGUUGCUGGGCUUGCGUUGACAAAAGAGGGAGAGGGGUAUCGCAAUACGGUGUUUCUAAGUUGCAGCGCACUGCUACUAGCAGCCAUGGGAUUUGCACAUCUCUUCCUCAAGCAUUGAUUUCUUUUUGAGUUUUAUUGCUCCAGAGUUGGUGUUCUCAAGAUAGAUUUUUCGGGUGAUCUGGGAGAUGACUAUCCAUUCCGUAGCGUAAAUCUGUAGUUCCGAAAAACCAUUGGAGACUUU